CUCGCAGUAAACGGCAUUACGCGCGUGUGAAUAUAUCGACGAAACAAUCCAAUCAACUUUUCGGUUUCAUAAUGAAACACAUAAUCUUAACAAUCGCUUUCAUUAACAUUUGCUUGGCGGAUGUUUCGUAUGUUUCGGAGAAUUCGACGACACCAUUACCACCUCCAAAGCCGUAUAGUUUCCAAUAUGAAGCAGAACGACAUCCAGGAUAUAUCGAUCGUGUUCAUCAAGAAACCGGUGACGAACAUGGAAUUAUUCACGGAAGAUAUUCGUACAUCGAUCCAAAGCACAAAGUACGAACGGUGGAAUAUACGGCCGAUAAAAAUGGAUUUCAUCCUGCCUUAAUCAAUUUUGAAGAUGCUUUUACUCAACCUGCCGAUUCAGAAGCCGUAAGAUUGGCCAAGGAAAAACAUUUUCGUCUUUAUCACAGGAUUGCAGAAGCAAACGCUCAUAACAUCUCAGUCAAUUUGCCGCGAGAUUCAGCAAGCGUGGCAAAAGCGAAGAACAGGCACAAUGAAUUGUAUCACAGAAUCGCGGAACAACAUGCGGCGAUAGCCGCACAAAGGGAAGCUGAACGACGGACUUAUGAGGCAACUUCCGUGGCCAAUGACGCAACUAAACAAUAUUAGACUACAAUACGGAUGGAUCUAAAAAAUUAUAAACAGCCUGGAAGAAAAAUAUAUUAUCUCUA